AUAUAUAAACCAAUGUUGCCUACCUUGACGCUCCCAUGGUGGAACGCACGUCGCCAAGUAGUGCCUCUCCACCUCCUUCUUCCUUCGCUAUAUGAACCUCCGCAACCCUCACCCAUCCACACGCACACACUGGCUUUUACAGACGCCAGAGCAUCAAGAUGGGACCUCUAUUGCGGCUCACAAUGGCGGCUUCAGUUCUAAUCGGCUGCAUCAACAUUGUAGCAGCGACGAACGAAUACGACAUCAUUCAUAUCGCCGGAAAAGUUCUCUGCCAGGACUGCACCCAGGGGUGGAACGAGUGGAUCAAUGGCAAACCGCUCAAAGAUUGUAAGGUUUCUGUAACGUGUUUGGACGAGAGAAGCAGAGUGAUACACUAUACGAGUGAUCUAACCGACGAAUUAGGGCAAUUUGAUAUCAAAAUGGAAAAGGUGAUGCACGGCAAGAAUUUGAACCCGAAGAAAUGCUCGGUUCGGCUUGUUUCGUCUCCGGAUCCGUCCUGCAACACCAUGACUGAUUUUGCCGGCGGCCGCUCUGGCGUUCAACUCCGGGGACCGAGCUUGGUGUAUCGCGAUUUGGUCAAGUACGUGCUAGGACCAUUUUACUUCACUUCGCCCAUGUGCGAGGAACCUGAUACAGAUGGCUCCGAUGAUAAUGGUGUGGGGAGUAAUUACUGAAACUCCCCUUUUUUUUUCUGCAUUCCAAGUUGCUGUUACUGAUCUUGUGAAUCCAUGAAAUUUAAUAUCACCUUCUUUUCUGUU